UGCGAAUCGUUAUUGACUGCUUAGUAUAAAACGCGUUUAUUACCUGGAACCUUCAUUUCGUGCUUGUUUAAUGCAAAGAGAAUGACGUAUUUUUUUCCUUUCGCUUAUUGACCCGUGACGUCAAAGGUCGUUUAUUUGAAGUCUGCGCAGUAAACGUGUUUACCUCGCCGAAGUAAACAGUUGGCUGUUACGAGAAACACAGUGCAAUGGAGACGAGCAUUUUAACCGGCGAGCGGAUAUUCAGGGCAGAUUACAUUAAAAAGAAACGGAUUAGAAAGGGCAAAGUUCAGUAUCUAGUGAAAUGGAAAGGAUAUUCAACAAAGCAAUGUACGUGGGAACCAGAGGAAAACAUCCUAGAUCCCUAUCUGUUAUUCGACUUCAAUUCUAGACCAAAUACAAAACGGGUUGGCAGGCGACGAAAAAGUGAGGUGGAGAAUUUUCAUCCGUAUGGUGUUUAUGGUCUCCAUGACAACAAAGAGAAAAGAAAACGGGACAAAGGUGAGACGCGCUCCGUGUGUCGUCUGCGAACCUACGACAAUGGAAUCGGGGCUCUGGCGGAGGCGGCCGAAUAUAUCAAUUCACUGGAACAGACAGAUGGUACCCGGGGAGGGCUAUUGUUGCCCUCUGAAACGGGUCGUGGACAAUUUGACAAAGAAAUCGACCUCAGUGACAAGACAAACACGCUUUUGGAGCGUGCGAAACAGGAGUGGGUGCGUGAGGACAAUAACAACACGGGUAAUGCGACGUCCGACUGCUGUUGUGUGCAAAUGACUGAAAACGACCAGAAGUGUUUUGAUUGGAUGGAGGGGACACAUGCACAGCACGAGACUUCUGCGGACACGACGGAUAAUAGCUGUGAAAAAGAACAUACUUCUGUACGAUUUUCUCCUCGGUAUUUGUCCGAAGAUACGGAGUCUUACUGCGCAGAAUCCUCCUGUACGUGCACGAGUUUUGACAUGGAUGACGAUGAUGGCCGUGAUAAUGUACAAGUGUCAAGUGAACAAAAUGACCCAGAUAGCUUGUUGGUCACUGACGUCACGUGCAAUUCCAUCACAAUAACGGUCGUUGAAAGUCCAACGAAAAAAGGCUUUUUCAAAUUGGAUUAAUCAUCUGCAUCGACAUGGAGCAAUCCUUGAUACACCCACUGAACAUCAGCUUCUGAGCUAUUUGUGGAAAAACCUCUACAAUCUGCCACUUAGUAACAUCUGCACAAAACACACAUAAUGGUACAAGUUUUGCCGAAAGAUCAGAAAAGUGGUAUUAAUCAAUGAAAGUUAUACACGAAACACAUGUUUUAAAGCCCAAUGUUCGUACAUUAUAAUAAACAAUUAAGAUUUGUCGCUCCGUUUAUGAGCCUUUCAUUACCAACUUUAUUUACAACUAAUUGCUAUACUAAGUGUUGUGAGACAUUGACGGACUAAGCGAUUUUCAAAAAAAAAAAGUAAAGGUUCAUGGAAUGUUUUAUUUUUACAUUAAAAGAGUUUCCUGUCGACGAUGGUCGGUUCCUUAAAGAAGACGAUUUGACCAAGAAUUUAUAUACAUGUGAUAUAUCUAUAUACUGGUAGCAAGCAGCUGACGAAGGUCUUUCAUAACUUUUUAUCUCUCUCAUAAUUUCCAGUAUUCAAACAAUUCCAGGUUCCGAGUUUUCUCUUUAUCUGGACCGAGUUAUACUGUUUUAAGAAUUGUAUGGUUUGAACUUGUUUAAUAAAUGAUGAUACACAAAC